AUUAUUAUUAAUAUAAUUUAAUACCCAGUCCCUAUUUAUUUUUUCCCAGUUGUCUCAAAAAAUGUCUUUUCACUGUUGAUUUGAUCAGAUAUCAGGAUUCCCAAAGGUUCAUAUUACAUUGGAUUUUAAAGUCUCAGGUGGUUUUGCAUCAGCCUGUUUUGACAUGUUCUGUUUUCAGUGGAAAUGGUAGAAAAAUGAGGAAGCCCUUACUUCCUGAAAGUCUCUCCAACUCACUUCCCUGAACCCUUUCCAAAUAACACAAAACAAACAUGUCCUUUUUUGGGUGUCUUUAAAUGACAAAAAGAGUUCCCCCCUUCACAGCAGUUUUGAAAUGAAUGAGCUCCUCUAACAGCUUUCAAAACCCAACAAUCAUUCAGGAGGAGGAGAAGAAGAAGAAGAAGAAAAGCAGGAUUUGCUUUAGUUCUUGUUUUUGAGGGGAAAAAUUCCUGGGAACUUUGUCCUUUUCAGAAAGACUUUUUUUACGCCCUCCCACCUGCUUUUCAAAAUCCACCAACCACAAAAUUUACUCCAUCCCCCUUUUUUCUCUCUCCCUUACACACUCCCUCUCUCUUUUUAGCAGCAACAUAUAAGCCGGCCAUAUUAGAGAGAUGGAAAUAAAGCUUCCUUAAUGUUGUAUGUGUCUUUGAAGUACAUCUGUGCAUUUUUUUUUUAGCAUCUAACCAUUCCUCCCUUGUAGCCCUUGGCCCCUCAAACCACCCUCUCCCAUAUCCCACCCGACUAACAUCUCAGUCUCUGAAAAUGCACAGAGAUGCCUGGCUACCUCGCCCUGCCUUCAGUCUCACGGGGCUCAGUCUCUUUUUCUCUUUGGUGCCACCAGCGCGGAGCAUGGAGAUCACAGUACCUACCACCCUCAACGUCCUCAAUGGCUCUGACGCCCGCCUGCCCUGCACCUUCAACUCCUGCUACACGGUGAACCACAAACAGUUUUCCCUGAACUGGACCUACCAGGAGUGCAGCAACUGCUCUGAGGAGAUGUUCCUCCAGUUCCGCAUGAAGAUCAUCAACCUGAAGCUGGAGCGUUUCCGAGACCGCGUGGAGUUCUCGGGGAACCCCAGCAAGUACGAUGUGUCGGUGACGCUGAGGAGCGUGCAGCUCGAGGACGAGGGCAUCUACAACUGCUAUAUCAUGAACCCGCCCGACCGCCACCGGGGCCACGGCAAGAUCUAUCUGCAGGUCCUCAUGGAAGAGCCCCCUGAGCGGGAUUCCACGGUGGCGGUGAUCGUGGGCGCCUCCGUGGGCGGCUUCCUGGCGGUGGUCAUCUUGGUGCUGAUGGUAGUAAAGUGCGUGAGGAGGAAAAAAGAGCAGAAACUGAGCACGGACGACCUGAAGACAGAGGAGGAGGGCAAGACAGACGGAGAGGGCAAUGCGGACGACGGCACCAAGUAACGCGGCGGCCGGGCCGCCCCUCCCUCGCGUCCUGUCUUCUUCCCCCUGCCCCGCACCGUGUGCCCUGCCUGCCCUCUCUUGGUGUGCUUCUCUUGAACCAGGCUCCCAGUGCCGACCCGGGGCCCCCCGAGCCCCUCACUUCGCGUCCCCCACCCCGCACCAAGAGUGACCCACCUCUCUUUCAUUCGGGGGAAACCUGCCAUGGGGUGUGGGACACGUGGGCCCUGGGGGAGGGGGAAGUGGGCUCCGGACUGCCGGUCCCGGAGGGGAGGCAGGAGGCCUGUGUGAGGGUCCUGGAAAGAGAGGCGGGGAGGGUGGGCAGUGGCGGAGGGGGAGGCCAGCUGUCCAGCCUGCCCGGUUUGUGGACUGGUCCGGUGGGGCCUCAGGGAGGGUCGGCGGGUGGCAGAGGGGCUUUCCUGUGCUGCCUCGAGAAAGCCUGCGCGGUGGCAUCGCCGUGCUCCGCGGCUGCUCUAGGCCGGGUGGCCCGGUCAGGCUGGGGUGCCGAUGGGUCCUGUCACUUGGGUGGAGGCCACGUUGAAGGGAGGACCGUGCAUUUCCUGGGCACUGAAGGCAAGCAGGGGCUGGGGGCAGGUGGAGACGAGCCCCGGCCCAGGAAACUCUGCUCUUACCCCCUCUCCUUCCAGAGCUGCUACCAGGGAAGCCUCGGGGGUUUUCUGGCAGCUGCCAAUCCCUUGGGAGUUUUGGUGGGCAUUGUACGGAGAGUCACUGAGCUGGGCCAUGGGCGGGUUGUAGCGUCCCAGGUGGCGGUCAUUUCCCACCAUAGUUACCCACUAACAGGAGACAAAUUUCGAAGCCGGCUAAGGUCUGAAGGGGCAGGGGCUCCAUUGUGAAGUGGAGUUGGCCGCAGGCUGCCUUCUCCCACAGGCUGACCACCCUCACUCCUCCCAGGCCGGGAGCGGCCAAGGUGGGGGGCUAAGGAGGGGUGGGAGCCAUGAUGGGGGAGCCGAUGUGCAGAGCGGGGGCUUCAUUCAGGCCUUCCAUUCAAACUUUCCCAGUUAGCAGGGUUUGGGCUGGCUUUUGGUAGAAAACAGGGAAGGAAAUGCCCUGAGGGAAGUGUGAGGGGGCUCCUGGGGCCUCUGAGAUCCUGUGGUCGCUCCCUCCCUUCCCGGCCCCAGGGACUCCCUCUGUGGGGAAGCAAGUAGCGUUUAUGGAGAGCCAACUUUCACUGCCAUUAUACUCACAUCAGGAAGGGACUGAUUAUUUAAGCCUCAGGAGAGGGAGCGAGACAGAGAGAAGCUGCCGACGUGGACACUACCUUGGAAGACCCUCAGAGACCAACCAGGCAAGCCACUCACAACAAAUGGGGAAACUGAGGUUCAAACUGGCAGAGACCGAGGGUCCCGCCGUCUCCUCCUCUGGCUCCUCAGUCUCCAGUUUGACCCAACAGAGCCAUAGUUUUCUGGGUGGGAAGAGCCUCUGCGGGCUGGUCCACGAGGGAGGUGCGGUGAGGGAGACGGGCUGUCCGGGCCUGCUGCUGUCCCAGGGCGGCAGCUUCAGGCUGUGAUUGAGGCCGGGUGGAGGGGUGGCGGGAUGGAGGGGUGGAGUGGGAGGGCAGAGCUGCUGGCAAGGCCCCACUCCUGCCCCCCUCCCCCCGACCCCAGGCUGACCUUCUUUAGCACUUCCCAGCCUUUCCAGGGGCUCAGAGGCCACCCAGGCGCAGGAAGUCAGUGCCCAGGGCGGGAAUGAGUCUGAGGAAAGGAGGCGAGGACAGGACUGGGACAGUCUCGGGGACCAUCCUCUGCCUCUCCCCAUCAGAUAGCCGAUUUGGGGCGAGAACGAUAUGGGAGGUUCCGUUUAAUUCAUUCCAAUUCAGCAUCCGUUCAUUGAGCAUCUCCCGUGGGCCUGGCACUGUGCCGGGCCCCAGGGAGGCACACGAAGCCAUAGACGAGUUGGGAACUGCAGGUCAGCCCCGUGGGGGCCAAGACUAGUUUUUUUUGUUUUGUCUCGUUUUGUUUUUGGGGUUUCUUUGGUGCAUCUAAUUCCACCUGUGCAGCCACUGCUCCCAGGGCUGAAGUUGGAGAAGAAGGAAGAAAGUCCUGAAUCCGGGCCCUGGGAAGGAAAGGAAGGAUGGAAAGGGGGGGAAAAGAUACCGCAGGGAACAGGGUGGUAGACCGGGAAGAGUGGGCACAGCGUGGGGGACAGACAGCCUGAGCCAGGUGAGUCCAGCUCAGUACCUAACUGCCAAUCAACACACUGCCAAUGGGGGUGGGCUAAGCCACCAGGAUGCCUGGGGCAGGCGGACACAGCCCAUCCUUGGAGCCAACCAGCGAAGAGGGGAGCGACGGGUGGUGGGCACCCCAUGCCAGCUGAGACCAAGGUGGCGACGCACUUCUGCAGCUUGCAGAUUUCACUUUUCGGCAACCCCUCAAGGGCUCUCCUCUCCCAGGACCAGUGAAAGUCUGUGCCGAGGAUCGGAAAAGUGGGGCAGCUUUCUUUUUCCAGGACUCCUAACAUUUAGGGGAGUUUUUGCACGAUCCCCUAGGUUUCUUCUAAGAAGUCCUAACUCUCCGUAAAGAAGCCCCAGACUUCCGGGUUCCUUCCUUGCAGUGCCCUGACCUAGUGGGGCCUCAGAGGCCCGAGCGGAUGGAGGUGGGCCAGGAGCCACCUCUGCCCCAGGUGCCCACCCCCAUGCGCCCUUUCUCCUGCAGCCGCUUAGAAUCUCUUCCAGGGGCCUCCUCGAGCUGCCUCCCCCAGGGCGAUGAGGUUGGGAACCAAAUGGGGCUUCUGCGCGAGUAGAGGUGGGAAACCGGUGACAUGUUUCCACGGCUGCUAUUUCUCUCUCCUGCUUUCUAGUUUCUACCAGCAAGCUGGUCCUCUCCCUGCAAAGCCCACUUCUGGCUGCGUGUUUCCGUCACUGCGCUCUCGGCUGGGUCCAGUCUCCUGUUUUUCUCAACCGCCCCUGCCUCUCCUGUUGUCUUGGAACUCCUUGUCUGUCUCUUCCUCCUAAUUAAGGGCCCCUGUAAAGAGCUGGGCUGGCCGACCCAUGGGAUUUAGCUUAUAAGAACAAAGUACAAUUUUUUCAGGACUGAAAUGCCUUGAGGUGCCUUGAAACUGGCUUUGAAAAUAGCUAUCCGCCCCUUCGCUGGGGACUAAUCACAGUGAUUCCCAAUUUAUAAAAAAGGAAAAGCUGAUUAAUUGGAUUCCUAAGUCCCCUUGGGGAAGCCGGGCUGGGAAGUAUUUACAAGGUCAGGUUAAGCAGAUGGACAAUUGAGAAUACUGGCCAGGUCACCAAAGACAGUCCCAGGCCAUGGGAAUGGCGUGGUGCAGUUAGAUGGAGGGAUGAAUCCAGAAAUUUCCCUUGCUACUUGUCUUAAGGAUCGACAGCCUGUGUCUCCUGCUGUGCCUCAUGCUGAUGUCUUCCUUUAUUGAAGCUUGCUGAUGCAUUUGUACAUAGUCUAUAUAUAGGUAUAGAUAUAUUAUAUAUACACAAAUAUACAGCAUCUCACUGCAUCCAGCAUCCACCCCACGAGUUAUACUGGGUGUGGGGGGAGGGGAACAAUCAUUUCUCAAUGUUUUGAGUCGAUUCACCAAAGGCAAACUACAGAACGUUCUUCUUGCUCUUUGUGCACUUGGAGGAGAAAACCCAACUACUUAGGCACCUUCUAGGUUUUACGUGCCACCGGGUGGUUGGAAGGGGUGGUGGGGAGAAAAACUUCAACGGUCCUCGGGGGCCCAGCUGCCGCGUUUCUUUUGCAGUUUGUCUCAUUGCUUGGAUCUAUUGGCUACAAUAAACAGAUCGUCUCCCUGAA